CGACCCGCUGGGAGCUUCGCCGACUUCGAAAUCAUGAUUCGCUCGAUCAUCUUCAUCGCUCUCCUUGCGGGGAUUUCACUGGCGGCAAGAUUCGGGCUUUGUCCCGACUCAGGAGCUCGCGAUGCUCUCAAAAUAAUGGGAUGUUCCUGUGACGAGAACCGAUUGCGCGGAAACACAUUCGUCUGCAAAGCGAAGCUCUGGGACAAAGAGACAUCUCUCCAGUUUGCGAAGAUUCUAGCCGAUGCGGAUAUCACGAACUUCGAGCUUCAUGGCGAGCUGACUUGGCAAGAUGAGAGAAACGCUUUCGCUCGCCUAUUGAGAUUGAAACCGACCACUCCCUUCUCGUCGCUGUGUAACUUGAGUAUUCGCCGGGUUCGUCUUCGGGAUCUCAUCUAUAGCGGUCCGAUGCCCGAAUGCUCAUUCCCCGAACUGAGGAUGGAUAAUGUUGUGAUGAAAGAUGAAGAACAUCCCAAUCACCCCAAGGCUGAGUUCCGGGCUUGA